AGAAUCACCAAAACAAAUAUGAAAAAAAAAAUUAUAUACAAAUUGAACAACAACAUUAAACUUUACAAACAUUAAAAUAUGUACAUAGAUUACAAUCUGUCACCCAUCCUAGUAACUACAUUGCGAAGUUGUCCAUAGACUUUGGACGGAGGACUCCCUAGAAUUAAAUUACACAGUGCUUUCAUAGCUACCUGAAUGUUUUGGAAGGAACCUAACACAUGUACCCGUGAAUCAGCAAGAACAAUCCUAGUCUUCGUAACAUUUUCGAUAGUAUGCUUGGUUCUGCCUCCUUUUCCCGACAAUCUUCCUAUAGCUCUUGAAAGAUGAUCUCCUUUUAAAGUUUUUACAUCCUUAAUAUCAAAUGUUUCAACAAACAAAUUUUCAAGACGAAGCAGAGCCAGAGCAUCUUCAACUUCAAAACCAUAGAUAAAUGCCUUUACAAAAUCUGCAGCCUUCUGAACACAGCUUACAUCUUCAGUUUCUUGACAGCUUCUUAUUUCAACAUUUCGAGUUUUUAAAUUAAAUCUUACUUGUAGUUUAAGAUGCUCCACAAUAGGUGUAAAUAUUUUCAUCCAAUUUUCUUUUAAUGGAGUAUACCUAUGCCUUGGGACAGGUACUUUUCUAAAUUCAAAGCUUACUGUUACUUUAGAUUUUUUCGCCUGAGAAUUUUCGGAUUUAGAAUUUCCUUGAAUUCCAUUUACUUCUUCCACAUCCAUACCAUUUUGAAUUUCUUUUGGCCGUUUCAUCGCACGACGAUUAUUCACUUCUUCUUUACUUUCACUUUGCAUUGUAAUUCACAAAUUUAAAAAUAACUAAAUAAACCGAACUAUGAAAUGAACUAAAAUAACCUUCCUAUAUCAUCUACUUCAAGCACGUGCACAACCAAUUUUCAACUUUAAAUAUCUAGUUGCUUCUGGGAGCGCGCUGCGUAGUGGAGUAACUUGCGAAUAGCUAUUUAUUAUGUUGUUUCAGCCUCGAAAUUGAAAGUUUAAUUUAGUUAUGGCAUCAAAAUCGAUGAAAUGUGUUUACCCUAAUUGUGAAACACUGUUAACGGACAAGAAAACUAGCUUUUAUGCGUUUCCUUUAAAUGAUGAAGUUUGUUUAAACAAAUGGAAAACAGCACUUGGGCGUCCUGACUUCAAGCCUACAAAGAGUGAUCUUAUUUGUGGCAAACAUUUUUCCCCAAAGUGUUUUGAGAAUAAUAUUUUAAAACCAGAUUCAGUGCCGAAUGAGGUGCCAUGGCUAAAAGAUAAUCGCAUCGAUGAAGUUACUGAAUUCGAUAUUUGCCGUUUGUGCGGAAAAGCUAAGCAAAUGCUUAUGACAGAUAUAUUUGAUGAUGACUUAGAUAUAUGUGAAAAAAUGAGUCUUUGCUUGCCCAUUGUCGUUAAUCCGAACGAUUCUUUACCUCAAACAAUUUGUGAUGACUGCUUUGAUCAUCUUGACAUUGCUGCAAACCUUGUAAAAAAGUGUAUAGAAACCGAAGCUAAGUUGUCAAAGCUGUUUUCCAACCCUCAGCAGCUCAGAAAUACUAAUCAUAAACCAAUUCCUUUGAACGGGCCAAUAGUGUGCGAUAGAUGUGAUGUAUACUUUACUGAUAUGGCACUUUUUGAUCAACAUAUGACUGAACAUGAGGCAGAUGAACAAUCAGCAAAUGCAGAUGAAAUUCCGUUGAAAGUCUGUUCGGAUUGUGGGCAUGUAUUUAGUGAAGAUUUUUUUUAUGAUGAGCAUAAAAUAAACUGCGAUACUAUGUGCAACACUUGCGAAAAGGUUUUAGAAAACAAUUGUAAAUUGAAUAGCCAUACUUGUGCAAAAUACGCUUGUGAAUUGUGCCCUUCAGAAUUCAGAUCUGAAAGUUUAUUAAAAAAACACGUCCUACAGAGCCAUAUCAAUAGAACUCAAGCCAACACAAAUCAGGAAGAGAAAAUAGAAAUGGAAGAAUGCGAGUCAAGUGGAGAAAUAGUUGACUUGAAACCCACGACUGUUACUCGUAAUGGAAAAGUUCGUCCACGUAAAGAGCUUUAUCAUUGUAAUAUUUGUGAUAUUAAGUUUACAUCAAAUAAGAAAUUGAGAGAUCAUUGUGUUGAGCUGCAUGGUACUGCAAAUGUACUAUGGAUUUGUAAAUUCUGUGGGAAAUCUAUGACGACCAAAGUUAGCUUACAGAUUCACCAAAGAAUUCAUUUUGACAGCAAACCAUACAUUUGUGAAUGGUGUGGAAAUGGAUACAGAUCCCGAGCGAACCUAAAUCAGCAUCAAGUAAUUCACACUGGAAUCAGGAAACAUUCAUGCCCAAAGUGUGGAAAGAAAUUUUCCCGUAAGGCUUUUGUAAGGACACAUAUGAGAGUGCAUACAGGUGAGAGACCUUAUGUAUGCGAUAUUUGCGGCCACAGAUUCACGCAGCUAGGUGAUAUGAAGAGGCAUCGCAACAGGCAUCAGACGCCACACAUACCUGCUUACCCGUCUGAUGCACGUUCCCAUGCGUGUGACAUUUGCGGACAUCGUUUCCCUCAUCUUUCCGCAUUAAAAAAGCACCGUUUGACACAUUUUACUCAACCUGUAACAAUUAUCGAAGAAGGAGACCCUAUAAUCCAUGAAGGUAAUAUGGAAGUAGAAGUGGUUGAAGAAAAAAUUAUCAUUGAAUAAUAAAUAAGAUGAAGAUGAUAAGGUUAGAUUAGUACAAAAUUUAGUUCUAGCUUAUAAUUUAUUAAUGACUAUUUGUAUAUUCCACAUAUCCAUCAUUUAGGUUAAUUACUUAAGUCAAAUAGAAAUAAUUUUAUUGUUCAGUCAAUUUUAUUACAGCAUUAAUUAAAUAAUGCAAUAUUGAUUUAAU